AGGAACAGCCAGACAAGCUUCCUUUCUCUGCAGGAAUAAUUACUAUCCCCCUCCACCAUGGCCCACCUGGGAGCCCAUUUUGCCUUUAGAUCCCGCUGGCAGAAGACCGAUGAUGAACUCUGUCGACAUAGCAUGUCCUUUAUCCUUCACAAAGCCAUUCGCAAUGACUUCUUUCAGAGCUAUCUCUACUUGCUGGAAAAAAUUCCCCUGGUAAAAUUGUAUGCUUUAACAAGCCAAGUCAUUGACGGUGAGAUGCAGUUCUAUGCCAGAGCCAAACUUUUCUACCAAGAGGUACCAGCCACAGAAGAAGGCAUGAUGGGAAAUUUUAUUGAACUCUCCAACCCAGAUAUCCAGGCCUCUCGUGAAUUUCUUAGGAAAUUUGUUGGGGGGCCAGGGAGAGCAGGAACUGACUGUGCCUUGGACUGCGGCUCUGGAAUAGGAAGGGUCAGCAAGCACGUCUUGUUGCCUGUUUUCAGCAGUGUUGAACUGGUGGACAUGAUGGAAUCCUUCCUCCUUGAAGCCCAGAGCUACCUGCAGGUUACCGAGGACAAAGUCGAAAGCUACCACUGCUACAGCCUGCAGGAAUUCACGCCUCACAUAGGAAGAUACGACGUCAUCUGGAUUCAGUGGGUCUCAGGGUACCUGACUGAUAAGGAUCUCCUUGCAUUUCUUUCCCGGUGCCGAGAUGGCCUGAAAGAAAAUGGUGUUAUCAUCCUGAAGGACAAUGUAGCACGGGAGGGCUGUAUCUUCGACCUGUCUGACAGCAGUGUGACUCGGGACAUGGACAUCCUUCGAAGCCUGAUUAGAAAGAGUGGGCUGGUAGUUCUGGGCCAGGAGAAGCAAGAGGGCUUCCCUGAGCAGUGUGUUCCAGUGUGGAUGUUUGCUCUGCAUAGUGGCAGACCAUCCUGAUCAGCAGUGGGAAUGAGCAACCAGACCGGACAGUGGUGCUUUGCUCAGGACUGGGUCUGUCUCCAAGGUGCCCUACGUGAUGCAGACAGAGAUGGAAAGAAGGGAUGCAAUGCAUGUCUAGAAUGAUUGAUGUAGUAUGUACAAGUUGUUGCUAAUAUAAUGCACACGCUGUGAUGUGUGCACGUUUAGAUGUGUACUUACUAGAAUGAGACACUCACAGAUGCUGUGGAUUUUCUGAGAGAUGGAGUAAAACACCGGGAAAGUGCUUUCAUGAGCUUCCUGCUUACAACGGAACUGCACAAGCGUGUAUGAAGACCUGAGAAGAAACAACGCUCACAAAUUAUAGACUGUGUUGAUCACUGAUGAUUUGUGUUAUACAGUUAAUCACAGAGUAGGGCAGAAAGUCUAGAUUCCUUCCCCUGCCCCUGUGUCUGCUACACUCCACAUUCUUCCUCUUUGCCCUCAUAGCUCCCCUUGAACAAACAUUUUCACCUAAUUAAGAAGGUAGCAGUCAAACAAUCUUCUGAAAACAAGUCUAUUAAUUUUGUCUUAGGCCUUCUUUUGGCAGAAAAUGUAUAUGGUUUCAUUUUCUAUUUUGGGACAGUUCUACUACCAAUGACGUAAUACAGGUGUAAUUUAAUAACCGAUGCUUGAAUUACCACGAUGUGGAAGUGUCUCCUUUCAGGAAAAAAAAAAUGUUAGACACUGAAGUUUC